UAUUUUUAAUCUCCGAGAACUUAAGUUGCGGCUGUAAAAGGCUACGUGAAGAUCUUCUUCGUUUGGAAACAUGUUUUAUUCUUCAAAGUCGAAUAUGGCGACCGACUCAGUUACUGAUCUGAGAGAGAAGCUCCAUAAAUCGCACCAUAAUAGAAGCAAAGAGUUAGGAAAGAAAAUUAACAACAAACGCACCCCUCAUGCCGAUAUUCAUAAAAAUGCACCAAGAUCAAAAUAUGACGAUUAUAAUACAGAGGAGAGAGAAGAGGAACUUCAAAAAGUGAAGUCGGGAAUCCAACAACACAGAUUGUUUUCUGAGGGCGAGUGCAUGGAAAUAGAAAAGAAAAUUGAUAAGGUCGUGAAACUUAGUGAUUUGGGCUUGUACAAAGAUCACACCGUUGAUAGGGCACCUUUAAGAAAUAAAUAUUUCUUUGGAGAAGGCUACACAUAUGGUUCUCAACUAAGUAAGCGUGGCCCAGGAAAUGAACGUCUGUACAGCAAAGGAGAUGUUGAUGAGAUCCCUAAGUGGAUACACAGAUUGGUCAUUAGUCCACUGUACCGGGCAAAUGUAAUUCCUGAAGGAUUUGUCAAUAGCGCAGUCAUCAAUGAUUAUAAACCUGGAGGGUGCAUUGUAUCACACAUUGAUCCUCCACAUAUAUUUGAAAGGCCUAUUGUUUCAGUAUCUUUUUUCAGUGAAAGCGCCCUUAGUUUUGGUUGCAAAUUUACAUUUAAGCCCAUACGAGUAUCAAAGCCUGUACUAACUUUGCCAAUGACAAGAGGAUGUGUAACACUUCUCAGUGGGUAUGCAGCUGAUCAUAUCACACACUGUGUACGACCCGAAGAUGUUAUAUCUCGGAGGGCUGUCAUUAUAUUAAGAAGAGUACGUGAUGAUGCUCCAAGACUAGACCCUGUCCCUGAAAUUGUAUCCCCUUCAAGAAAGAGAAUUCUGCUAGAUUCUGAUACUACAGACUCUGAUAGUGACAAGGGAGGCAAGCAUUCAUCUAGUUCAAGCAGUGAUGACAACAUAAAACCAGUGAAAGUUAACUCAAAAGUCAUCUGUCUUUCAGAUGAGCUAAAUUAUAAAGAUGGCAGAACAAGCAUUCCUAGUUCACCUAAGUCUGUAAAAAGGUAGCUCAGAUAAAAAUUAAGACAAACUAAAUUCAUUGGUUUGACAAAGAUAUACAAAUCAUGUAUAAAACAUUAGUCUCUGUAAAUUAAGAAAAAUUGGCCAUCACAGACUAACAUAGUCAUACAUUAACUGUUUAAUUUUACAUAUGCUACUAAGUUACUUUGCAUUAUUUGUUACUAACCGGUUAGAUUUUUCUAAAAACUAAUAUAACAAUCAAAGCUUUUUAUUUAGCGUUUAUGUGAAUGAUCUGACAAUGCAUAAUUGAAAUUUAGUAAUAAUUAGAUUGCAUUAUUUAUUGUAAAAAAAUAAAAGCUUGUUGUAGAUACACACA